UUGCGUUUUCGAACUGUGAAAUCAUGUUGAAUGCUCAAGUUCGGCGUCAGCCGAACAAAAUUAGGAAGCCGUGUUCCACCGAAGAAUCCACGAAAAGCUAUCUGCGCCUUAACGAAGGGCAGAUUGAAGAGCUGGGAAGCGAAUUCAAUGCGUGGAGGGGGGCGGGGCCCCGCGGAAUCGUGAAAUCGGAGCAAAUGGUAAUGACAUUAUUGGAUUAUCUAGCAGGAGGUGGGUACUACCGGCAAGUUGGGAGAAGUGCCGGAUUGUCAACAUCAGCAGCAUUCCGGCACACCCAUCUUGUAGCCGAUUUCCUUUUCGACAUUGCACGGCACCAUAUACAGCUACCACAACAUGACGAAAUGCAACGUUUGUCGUCAGAACUUCGAUAUCCCGAUGGCGAAGUAAAGAAUGUUAUCCUCUACAUUGACGGAUACAUCGCGCGGAUCCAGCGGCCUGACCAUGCGGGAAACGCAUAUUUUUGCGGCAGGCAUGGGAAGUCUUGCGACUCUCUCAAUACCCAGUAUGUAACCGACCAAUUCGGCAAAGUUCGUCACAUCAUUACAGGACUCCCCGGGUCAACCCAUGAUAAGACCGCCACUGAAUGGAGCAGGACCUUCAUGGACUUUCUGGACAACCUCCCGGAUGGAUACAUAACGAUAGGGGACCCUGCCUACAGGAAUCUCCACCGCAACGUUGGUCAUCGGUUCGUGGGACACGGCCUCACUGAUGAGCAGCAACAGUUCAACGAUGAUAUAACAAGACUUCGACAAGUGAUAGAGCGCACCAUCGGGGCGACACAGCUCAAGUGGCGGAUGGCUCAGAUGAAAGAGAACAGGCUCGCAGCUAAAGGAGGGAUUAUCUUUGCGUCAAAACUCAUCGUGUCCAUGGCAGUUCUACACAACCGAUAUACAAAUUACUUAUAAGCUAUCAUUCUCGUAGUUAAGAAACCGUACAAAAAUUUGCGAAUGAAAAUGUACCUUUUCUUUGUCAGUUCAUCUCAAUGAAUGCCGUCACUUCUUCGCUCUCUCUCUCUCGCUCCCUCUCUCUCUCUCUCUACUUCUUAUGCUCAGUGGCGGUUGCAGGAUUUUCCUUUUUUCAAACUUUUUCGGCUAGGGGGGGGGGGGGCGUCGGUUCCCAUGCCUGCUUACGCUCGCCCCCUCCUCUUAGUUCUUAUUCGUCUCCCCUCUCUCUCUCUCUCUCUCUCUCUCUAUCUCUCUCUCCCUCUCUAUGUAUUUAAAUUAUGUA